AUAACAGGAAGUAAGUUGUGGAGCAGCUGGACAUCGCAGGGUCUCUCACACACUCACACACACUCGCACUGCUGGACGACAGACCCAACAUCAGCAUUCACACACAUUAUCUGUGGAUUAUUACAAACAUUAACAGACCUGAGAGGAUUCACAGUUCAAUGAUGAUACACUGUUCUGGGACGCGAGCGCUCAGGACGUUUCUCUGGACGGUGUUUCUGCACCUUAUUUUCACAACAGCUGAAAAUGUUAAAGAGAUUUCAGCGUCCUCUGUCCUGCAGAGACAGAAACGAGAGUGGCAGUGGAACAUGUUGAUCGUGUACGAGGAAAAACCACCUCAGUCUCCCCCGGAGGUGAUCGGCAAGCUGAAGAACACUUUCUUCAAUGAAAGCAAGGGCAUGAACGUGGAGUUUAGGCUCUCGGGAGAAGGAGCAGGAGACAUCUUCACCGUGAACGAGUUCGGAGAUGUACUCGUGUUGAAGAAGCUGGAUCGGGAAAAAAUCAGCAGCUACAAGUUAACAGCACAAAUCAUAAAUACUCUGAAUGGAAAAGAGCUUGAAGAGCAGUCUGAGUUCACCAUAAAGGUCCAGGACAUUAACGACCACACACCUGAGUUCUCAGAGCCUUACAGCGGGUCUGUAGAUGAACGAGCACAGACAGGAACCGUGGUGAUGAGGGUGCGAGCGACUGAUAAAGAUGACCCGAGCUCUCCGAACGGCAUGGUGACCUACACACUGCUGAACGCAACCAACGUCUUCAACAUUAACCACAGAACAGGUGAAAUUACCACCAAAAAUAAUAAUCUGGAUCGUGAGACUCAGAGUGAGUAUAAGGUGUUGGUGCAGGUUUGGGACACGCCUGGAUCAGCAGGAGGACUGUCAGCAAGCACUGUGAUGACCAUCAAUAUCAACGACCUUAAUGACAACCAGGCUGAGUUCUCCAAACCAAGGUACCACUUUGAUGUGAAUGAGGAUGAGCCUGUGGGGUUCAUAAUCGGAACACUGGCCAUUCGAGACCGUGAUGAGAAACAGAAUAAAAUGCCCUUUUUUAUUGUAGAGAGUUCAUAUAAAGACAUCUUUGAUCUGGAGCACAAUGACAAUUACGAUGGCGUUCUCACACUGAAGAAGGAACUCGACUACGAGACCAAGGCGAGCUUCUCAUUUACUGUAAAUCUUAAAGAGAAUGUUGUCCAACCUGCAGACAACAGCAACGCCUGGACGACUGCACAAAUCCACAUCAACGUUAAAGACAUGGAAGAGCUGCCGGUCUUCUCCCAGAAAGAGUACAACUUCACUGUUCACGAAGGACAGAAAAAUAUCAUUGUGGGAUCAGUUUCAGCCAGAGACACAGACAAAACCAACCACAGGAUACGGUACAGCAUUAAGGAUCCUGACAGUCCAGUGAACAUUAACAGUGAGACAGGACAGCUGACUCUGAAGACCGAACUGGACCGAGAACUCCAGAAUGUAUACAUGUUCCAAGUUACUGCAGAGGAAGAAUCGAGCAUGAAACUGAAAUCUUAUGUGAUGGUCAAAAUAAACGUCCUGGACAUCAAUGACAACGAGCCAAAGCUAGCUGAUUCCACAAACGUGUACAUCUGUGAGAACGACAAGAGUGGAACGGUUAUUGGUGUCAUUAGUGCUACAGACCUGGAUGAGAAUCCUGGCAGAUUUCAUUUCACUCUCACAGGAAAGAGCUCAAACUUCUCCCUUCAUGACAAUCAAAAUAACACAGCCAGCAUCAUCCUGACUCAAGGAGGUUUCAGCACUAAGAGUUCAGCGGAGAACAUUCUGGAGGUUGAGAUUACAGAUGGAGGAAAUCCACCAAUGAAAAGCGUCUCACUUCUUAAACUGCCAGUGUGUGUGUGUGGGAGCGAGAGACAACGCGAAUACUGCAGAGCCUACAGCAAGUCAGGCGUCAGCAUGAGCGCUAUCAUCGCCAUCCUGCUCUGCAUCGUCACCAUCCUUGUGAUCGUGAUUCUCUUUGUGCUGCGUAAACGCUAUGAGAAGGAGUCUCUUGUCACUCUGGGAAAGCCGUCUGGUGAGAUUCAUGAGCAGCUCGUGGCGUAUGACGAAGAAGGUGGAGGAGAAAUGGACACCAACAUAUACGACGUCUCCAUCCUGACCUCAGCUCGCUCAGACGGCCGACUCGGUCACGAUCCUCCUCCCGCCAUGUACGCCGUGGUGAAGAAGCCCUCAGCCUGUAAAGGGGACAUGGCCGUGAUGAUCGAGGUGAAAAAAGACGAGGCCGAUCACGACCGAGACGGAAUUCCCUACGACACGCUACACAUCUACGGCUAUGAGGGGUCCGAGUCCCUUGCCGGGUCACUGAGUUCACUCGACUCGUCUUCUUCCUUCGGAUCCGACCUCGACUACGAUUUUCUGAACGACUGGGGACCUCGAUUCAGGACACUCGCACAAAUAUACGGCUCUGAAGCGAACACCUCGUACUGAUCUCUGAUCCUGGAGACCAAAACCCACCAUCAGAGAAGGAAAAGAUGAUGUUUGAGUUAAUUCAGGAAAAAUUACAUCAUUAUUAUUAUUAUUAUUAUUAUUAUUAUUAUUAUUAUGUCCCAUCAUUAUAGCAGCUUUUUGAUUUUUUAACUGAUUAUAUUUUGAUAUUUUUACUGGGGACAAGAAAUUUCCAGUUAUACUUCAGCUCCUGAUGCUGAUCCCAGAGUAUUAGUUAUCCUCAUAGGUAAUAAAUUAACACUUCUUACUCUUAAUGCUUUUAAGCUGAAGCUCACAUUCUGCAUGUUGGUGUUUGUCAGCGUCUCCAUGCUAAUGGCAGGAGCAAACACACUUGGGUUUAUACACCUUAUCCUGUGAGGUUCUCGAGCAGUUCUUAUCUUUCUGUCCAUCUUGUGUUUUGUAUCAGGUCAUAAAUCAGAUGUUCAGCUCACAUCAACUCACUGCUGUCAGUUAAUGAGACAAAACACCCUGGAACUUUCCAUGUGACUGACAAACUGCUCUGUGACCUUCUCUGUCCUGAAGAUACACAAACCUUCAAUAACAUUCUGACCAAUCAGAGUCCAGAACACUGAACAACAUUUUUACAGAUCAAAAAUAUUUUAUUUUUAAAGUUUAAGUUUGAAGUCAUUUCAGUUUACACACACACACACCUACACACACACACACAUACACACACCUACACACACACAUACACACACACACACAUACACACACACACAUACACACACACACACAUACACACACCUACACACACACGCAUAUAUACACACACACAUAUACACACACAUUCACACACACACACUCACACACACAUAUACACACAUUCACACACACACAUACACACACACAUUUACACACACACAUAUACAGUACACACACAUACACACACACACACACACACACACAGUCUGUAACAGUAAUAUUAGCAGGAAAUGUCUACAGUCUUGCAGCAGUGAGAAACACAGGAAACAGUAUAAAGAGCUGCUGACAGAAUUACAGAGCAAUCAGAGUUUAUUUGACAGAAAUCAUCAACACAGACUGUGUGUGUGUGUGUGUGUGUGUGUGUGUGUGUGUGUGUGUAUGAGAGUGUGUGUGUGUAAAACUCAAAUCUCAAAGGUCCAAUACAAUACAGCAAUGAGGAAACAUUCACACACACACACACACACACACACACACAAGCAUAAAGCCGAUGACUUUAACCUUCCAGCUCCAGAGUCAGAGAGUUGAGUUUAGAUCAAAUGAAUCCUGGCAAAUGAUUCUGUUCUUUAUGUAAAUCAGUGUGAAAUGUAAAUGUGUGUAAAUCUGUUCACACUCACAGAGUUUAUAACCACAUUUACAAAUAAUUAUCUUUCACUUUAAAGUCAGUUUUAUCCCUAAACGUGUCACAUUUUUAGCAUUAUUAUUAUUAUCAGUCUUAGGGAUAAUGUAAAAUUAAUAUAAAAAAUAAUAAAUACAUAAAUUCCUUUAACUUAUAUUUACUUUUAAAAUACAAUCAGCUGAAAUGUGGUGGAUGUUUACAGCCGUCUGCUCACAGCAACACCAUUUACAGGCAGGAAAAAAAGGGUUUUAAAAUAGUUUUUUUAAUGUUUAACAAUUAUCACAAUUAAAUAUGUAUAACAUUCUUAUUAUUUUUCUUAGUUCUUAUAUUUACUGAAUUCAAUUCUUUAUCUUUAAAUAAUUAUAAGGGCAAAUAGAUAAAGAGCUGAAAAUAAAAGCUGACCCAUAGACAGAGUGAAGAGAUGUGAUGAAGUUUAUUAUUAAAAUGGUUACACAUCAAUAUUCUGAAGAAUCUUUACAUCUGAGACUCUGACUCUGACUCUGAUUUUGACUCUGACUCUGACUCUGAUUUUGACUCUGACUCUGACUCUGAUUUUGAUUCUGACUCUGAUUUUGACUCUGACUCUGAUUUUGACUCAGACUCUGAUUUUGACUCUGACUGAUUUUGAUUCUGACUCUGAUUUUGACUCUGACUCUGAUUUUGACUCUGACUCUGAUUUUGACUCUGACUGAUUUUGACUCUGACUCUGAUUUUGACUCUGACUCUGAGAUACUAAACACUGUUAACGUGUAAAAAUCAUUUUAUUUCAUCGUGGUUAUUUUCUGAACCUUCAUCUUCCCUUCAUCUUCUUCAUCAACACAAUAAACGGAUGUCUUCUCGUUGGCAAACCACACCCACUAAAUUAGCCACUUCCUGUCAAGAAAACUCACUUCCUGUUCUCUUAUCUGUUAAGUAAAACAGCACAUGGGAGCGUUUUCCUGUUUUUAUUCCAAAAAAAACUCCCAGGAUUUUUUAAAGAAGAAUAAAGUGUAGAGUUUGUGGAGUUUCCACUCACAGCUCCUCACUCUGGUCAGUUUAUUUUAUUGAGAUAUUUGCUGUGUUUUGUCACUGGUUCAGUAAAAUAUUUAAUUUAAGAUCAACAAAGUUUGGAAAGUGUUUCUUUUUAUGAAUGUUUUAGUUUAUAUGAUGAUGUCAUUGUGUACAGAAUCACUUACACUUUACUCUUCUGUUUUAAAAUUCUUAAGUCUGAAGAAACUGGAAGAAGAAUUAAAUCUGGAAAUAUUUGUUUAGUUUUCUCUUUUUUACGGGUGAAUUUACACUCUGAAUGUGUUUCUGCUCCACACGGGGAUUUUUAUUCAUGUAAUAAACUUUACACACUUUAAUCAUG